AUGGGGCUGUUACCCAAGAUCGGCGCGCCCCAGGGCAGCGACGCCUCUUCGGGCCGAACCGGCCGCUGCUCCCGCUCUGUCUUCGGCAACAUUAAGGUGUUUGUGCUCUGCCAUGGCCUCCUGCAGCUCUGCCAGCUCCUGUACAGCGCCUACUUCAAGAGCAGCCUCACCACCAUCGAGAAGCGCUUUGGCCUCUCCAGUUCUUCCUCGGGUCUCAUUUCCAGCUUGAAUGAGAUCAGCAACGCCAUCCUCAUCAUCUUUGUCAGCUACUUUGGCAGCCGGGUGCACCGUCCGCGGGUGAUCGGAAUCGGGGGUCUCCUCCUGGCUGCGGGGGCCUUCCUCCUCACCCUCCCGCACUUCCUCUCGGAACCUUACCAGUACACCAUGGCCAGCACCGGGAACAGCAGCCACUUCCAGGCCGAGCUCUGUCAGAAGCAUUGGCAGGAGCUGCCCCCCAGCAGGUGCCACAGCACCACCCAGGACAUCCAGAAGGAGGAGAGCAGCAUGUGGGGCCUGAUGGUGGUUGCCCAGCUGCUGGCUGGCAUCGGGACAGUGCCCAUUCAGCCAUUUGGGAUCUCCUAUGUGGAUGACUUUUCGGAGCCCAACAAUUCGCCCCUGUACAUCUCCAUCUUAUUUGCCAUCGCUGUAUUUGGACCGGCUUUUGGGUAUCUGCUGAGCUCUGUCAUACUGCAGAUCUUUGUGGACUAUGGCAGAGUCGACACAGCUACAGUUAACUUGAGUCCUGGAGACCCCCGAUGGAUUGGAGCCUGGUGGCUGGGCCUGCUCAUUUCCUCAGUCCUCUUGGUUCUCAUCUCUUUCCCCUUUUUCUUCUUUCCUCGAUCAAUGCCCAGAGGAGUAGAGAGGACUCCUGCCGUGGCGGACAAGGCAAGGAAGAUGGAAGAGGUCAAGUCAAGAGACUCCCUGGUGGAUUUCAUUAAAAAGUUUCCGCACAUCUUCCUGAGGCUCCUGAUGAACCCACUUUUCCUGCUGGUGGUCCUGGCCCAGUGCACCUUCUCCUCCGUCAUCGCGGGCCUCUCCACAUUCCUCAACAAGUUCCUGGAGAAGCAGUAUGGUGCAUCUGCGGCCUAUGCCAACUUCCUCAUCGGGGCUGUGAAUCUCCCUGCUGCGGCCUUGGGGAUGCUGUUUGGAGGAAUCCUCAUGAAGCGUUUUGUUUUCUCUCUGCAAACCAUCCCCCGUGUGGCCACUGCCAUCAUCAUCAUCUCCAUGAUACUCUGCACCCCUCUCUUCUUCAUGGGAUGCUCCACCCCGGUUGUGGCCGAGGUCUACCCCAUCAGCACAUCAAGUUCUAUACAUCCGCAGCCUCCUGCCUGCCGCAGGGACUGCUCGUGCCCGGAUUCCAUCUUCCACCCUGUCUGCGGAGAUAACGGAAUAGAGUACCUCUCCCCUUGCCAUGCUGGCUGCAGUGAGGUCAACAUCAGCUCUGCAGCCUCCAAGCAACCGAUCUAUUUGAACUGCAGCUGUGUGAACGGAGGAUCCGCUUCAGCAAAGACAGGAUCGUGCCCCAUUUCCUGUGCCCGCUUCCUGCUCCCGACCAUCUUUCUCAUCUCCUUUGCUGCCCUGAUAGCCUGCACCUCCCACAACCCCCUCUACAUGAUGGUUCUGCGUGUGGUGAACUAUGAAGAAAAGUCAUUUGCCAUCGGGGUACAGUUCUUGCUGAUGCGCCUGCUGGCCUGGCUGCCGUCUCCAGCCCUCUACGGCCUCACCAUCGACUACUCCUGCAUCCGGUGGAGCUCGCAGUGCUCGGGGAGGCGAGGAGCCUGCGCCUACUAUGACAACGACGCCCUCCGGGACAGGUACCUGGGCCUACAGAUGAGCUACAAGGCCCUGGGCACGCUGCUGCUGCUCUUCGUCAGCUGGAGGGUGAAGAAGAACAAGGAGUACAAUGUGCAGGAGAAGGCUGCGGGCCUCAUCUGACCCUCGGCCUCGGCUGCCCUGCUCCCAAGAGCGACUCCUGCCUCCUCCACAACUGUAUUUACUAAUGUUCAGAGGUCAUGUCCUUUUUGUUUUUUAAAUAAGGAAUCCCAGCAACCAUUUGCCCACCCUGCCUUCUACCCAACAAACUCCCCCCCAGGAUUCUUCAGGGCUGCUGUGCCCCUGGGCUGGGUGGGCAUACAGCUGCAGGGCUGGGGAGGGGUCCCGUAUGCCCAGGCUCUCUUUGGGUUCUCCAGCGUGGAUGCCCAUGAAGUGGCUCCUGCCCCUCACCAGCCCUGUGGGGGGUGGUUUCCUAAGUGGAUAAAGGAAAGGAGGUAUCUGUCCUCCUUGCAGGCAGCCCAGCUGUCCUUCUGAGAAGCAGGGGCGAGAGGAAGAAGGGAAUGGGCUGAGUGAUUAAUGGCCCAGAGCCAGGCUGGGGAGGGGGAGCCUGGCUGCAGCCCCUCUCACAGUUGGGUUUGGUGUCAGUGUGGAGCCAGGAGGCUCCCUUCCCCUCAGAACCUGACUUCCUGCCCCUAGAGGCCAUUUUGGAAGCUGCCACAUUGGGAAGUCCUGCCAGCUGGUCCCCUCUGGGUUAUUCACACUCAGGCACUGGAGUAAAGACUAAGAAGCUCUGAGGAAGGGCCACCCAAAGGCCAGUCAUGUUAACCCUGUAUUCUUUUGUACUUGGAUUUGCAUAUGCUUGUCUCUUGUCUUUCUGGGGGUGCAUUCCACACUGAGGAAGGCAGACCCUGGGGAAGACCCGAGGAGGAGCUCGGGAAGAUGCCCAGCUUCCCACUCUCACCGAGUAAGGAUGAGACCCCCCUCAACUCAGAGUAAUGGGAAGAGCCUCCCCAAGUUUCCCUGGGAACAGAAGAGGCUUCACACAGGCUUGUCUGUCUGGUCUUCAACCUGUACGCCAAGAGAGACAGAAUGAGAUAUCAGCAAAGCAAGUGAGGAAGCAGAAUGAAUGUCAACCACUACCCGUCUGGAUGGCAAGCUGCAGCCACAGAUUGGAGGCAGGCAAGGUUGACUUUCAUGGUUUCAAACAUGCCUGUAUCCAUAAACAUUUUCUCUGCCUCUUCUCAAUGCCCGCUGAGAGGUGGGCACCCUCCGUGGGCCUGGCAUGGUUUCAGACACCCUGGGUAUGUGGUAGAGGUUCAGUUAGAAGCCAACAAAUGAGGCCUUUUUAUCAACAGAUGUUAUAUUUACUGGAGAUCAACUUUGUACAAGGCUGUAUGUGGACAUCCACCCAAGUACAUGGUUCUCCACCAAACUUCCCCACAAAUCUUACCUAGUCCUCUCCAGCCAACGAGGGGCUCCUCUGAGCAAUGUGGGAGAAGGCACAGAAGAAUCCAGCAAUUUUCAACAAGGAUUCUGACCAUCCAUGGCCCUACCAAAUGGACCCUGUGCCCUGCCCUUUGCUGGUCAGAGACCUGGUGCUCUGUGCCCUCCGAAGCAGCCGGGCAUUAGUCCAUGGAAGAACAAAGCCCAUUGCUACGUAGCCCGCGAGUGUCAUUCCUCUUGGAAGACCUCCCCAGAAGCAUGCCAUCUUUGUGCCACCUCUGGGGAGAUUUCAUAUGAUGCUAAGCCUAUGGCCAAACUGCCAUGCAACUCAAGUCUUCGUGGAAGCCACCAUUACCGACAGCCUUAUUUCCAAAGCCACUAGCCUUAUUUCCAAAGAUCUCACUCAGGAAGGGAGGCUUCAUGCAACCUCAGGGGCCAGUUUCAGCAUUUACAAUGGUUCUGCUUGGAAAAUGAUUCCCUGCAACUAACCCUGGUCCUUCUUGCUGCAAUUUAACCAAAUUCUGAAGGUCCUGCCUUCAACUGAGCUUAUGAACGGUGAAUGCCAAGGUUCAGAUUCUGGAAGAUUGGUUGCCCUCCCAAACCUUUAUCCUAUUAUUAUUAUUGCUAUUAAUAUAUUAUAAUUAUGCUGUUGAUGUAA